AUGGAUUUUGAGAUCUUCCACGGCAUUCCCCUCGUGACGAGGGCCUUGCUGCUGCUGUCAAUAGCCUCCGUGGUGCUGGUGUCCUUUGGCGUGGUGCAUCCGGUCGAAAUUGUCUUUAGUCCGCUGCUUGUGUUCCAGGAGAAACAGUACUGGCGGCUGAUUACCAACUUUUUCUACUUUGGCCAACUUGACCUAAACAGCAUUCUGGAACUCCACUGGCUGUGUGUGGUGAGUAGCAGCAUCGAGGUGCAAUACUUUCACCGAAGAAAAAUAGACUACUGCGUCACCCUCUUCGCGGCGAUGUCGCAUCUGCUGCUCUUUCGAAUUCUUCGUGUUGUGGAUACCCCCUAUUUGAGUUUUUCGCUUUGCAACGCCUUGGCGUACCUCUUCUCUCGCCUGCUGCCGGACCUGGAAGUGAACGUUUUUUUCUUGGUGACGAUUCCAGUGCGACUGUUGCCGUUUUUUUUCCUCGCCACUGCCAUCAUGUUUGACGUGCAGCGAAGCAUUCGGCUUAUCGUGGUGGAGCACUUUGUUGGGCACAUUCUUUGGUACUUUCUCGAGAUUUUCCCUCGCAUUACUGGACUGCAUCCGUUGCGGCUGCAGGAAACCUUUGUGCGGUAA